AUCAAGGAAUGAAUAAUGGGAAUAAUCAAGGAACAAAUUAUGGAAACAAUCAAAAUGGAAACAAUGGUAACAAUAAUGUUAACCAAGGCAAUGGCCAAGGAGGUGGAACUAAUAUACAACCUGUGUCGCUGCUUGGCGUAAUUCCACUGCAAGCUGCAACGUCUCAGGGCAACCAACCAAAUAACAAUGGGAACCCCUCCCAACAAUCCCAGCCAAACAACAGUGUACCUAGCAACGGGAUGCCUAGCAACGGGGGACAGGGGCCUGGGAACACUAGUAACGGGCAACAGCAACCGUCUUCAAGCAACCCCCAGCCAAAUAAUGGGGGACAAACAAAUCCUCAGGGAAACCAAAAUCCAAAUCAGGGUCAACAACCAGGAGGAAAACCAAAUGGAGGACAACCAAGUCCUAAUGGUCAAGGUAGCCAAGGACAGCCACAGCCUUCUCCUUCGCCAACACCACCAGCAGGGCAGCAGAAUCCUAAUACGAGCACACAGCAGCCUGGAAGUGGACAGCAGACCACGACGCCAGGAUCCGGUCAAACCACAUCACUUGGUCAAACAACCAAACCAACGGUACCCAACAAUGGUGGAAACUGUACGACUCCUAACCCAACAGGCUCUCAAGCUCCCAAAGAAUCCCAGAAACCUGGCCAAGGAAAGAAUAGGAAAAAAGUGACACCGAUAUUGACGCUGCCAGGGUUUAUGAUCCCGAUGCCAAUGAGGCAUCCACAUUUGAUGAGGUUACCCCAUCCAAUUCACCCUAUGAUGAUGCAUAGAUACCCUCAUCCAGGCUUCAUGAUGAAUCCUCCCCCUCUUGUUGGCGAUGACCAUGUUUUGAUUGGGCAAUGCCAAGACUUGGAUCCUGGGUGCGCAUCUAUGGCUCUUUCAGGGUUAUGUGACAGAGAGGUUGCUAGGUAUUCUUGUAUGGCAUCUUGUGGUUAUUGUCGAAGUUUUGUUAAAUUUGGUCAGCACGUUUCACUCGACACACGUCAUAAAACAGCGAAAGCAAAGCCACAAGUUCCAAAAAAUUAUCCCGAGUACAAUUCAGAAUUUUUGAGAUCGAUAAUAACCAGACCAAAAAGGAUUAAAACAGAUAUUACAAUUAACAAUAUUAGAUAA